AUGACUUUCCAACAAGUCAAAACUUCCUGGUUCUCUCUACUGAUCCUUUGUUUAGAGCUCUCUGUAUCUUCGGGUAUAGUUCACGAGGCAUAUUUCUACCACUUUUACUUUGCAUUACUUAUCCACAUUCGCUUGAACCCCCUUUUGGCUUCAUUAUGGAAAGAUGUCUCCGAAUCCAAGGAGUUCAUCCCUGUCGUUAAUCCCACUUGGCCAAUUUUAUUAACAUAUUUCUUGUGGUACGCCGCGAUACUGGCCGUGCCGUUAAAUCGCAUGGAGGUGUUCGUUCCAGUAGCGGGCCUUGUGGCACUCCUUUUACAGCCUUUAAUAACUCUCUUACCGCCCAAGAUAUCUAGACUAUCGCGCUCAGGCUUUUCAUUCUACGACACUUGCCAUUGUAUCACAUCACGACAGCCAUACAACCAUCAAGCCCUCCCUAGCGAAGCUCAUAUCCGCCUUGUGACGUUGCGAGGUUUUCUAUUCUGGCGUGACGUGCAGAUUCUGGCCUAUCCAUUGAAUGCGUGCCCUACGUAUGAAGCUAUCUCAUACACAUGGGAUAAUCAAGAACCAACAUGUCCUAUUGUUGUCAAUCGUGGUCGCUUGCUAGUUACUAGAAAUGCUCGACAAAUACUGUACGACUUUACACCUGCCUGUGGACAACGAAUGAUUUGGAUAGAUUCAAUAUGCAUCAACCAAGCUCAAGAUGAUGACUCCCUAGCGGAAAGGGCAGUGCAAGUUGGGCGCAUGUCCGAAAUUUACAGAAGGGCUACCGCAGUGAGAGUAUGGCUAUCACAGCCCUCGGUGCCGGAAACACUGAUUCCAGAAAGCCUUGAUGUGCUGUUCAAGGAGUCGCUUGCUGAAUGGAUACAUGAGCAUUUAGUAUCCGGAGUCUCCUUUCCACGAUUACAUCAAAGAAUAUUCACCCUGAUUGCGCUGGCUUUGAGCGUAAUUUACAUUUCCUUCCUUCAUCCGCCAACUCUAUCUAGCGGAUCUCUACAGCACAUUCUCUCACACGACUACUGGAUUCGAUUGUGGAUUAUCCAAGAGAUUGCAUUUGGCCGAGAGGUCACCAUACAUUUAGGCCCUAUGUAUAUCACUUGGCAGUCAGUUUCCAAUUUUGCACACAAGGUACUGCCUGAGUGUUCCAAAGAUGAAUAUGGUUGGGGGAUUACCGCCUGGUUAGGACUGCAUAAGUUCUACGACAUAUCGCCGUCUGAUGAGGUACUUCGAGGCCUUCGGCAAAUAAAGUUGAUAACACAGCUUCGUUCCAACAUUUCAAAAGGAAAGCUCGAAGACUUGUUAGCACUAUUGUCGCUCUUGUUUCAUACCAAGGCACGUGAUCCCCGCGAUAAGGUUUACGGCCUCCUCAGCCUCGUGCAAGAAAGGAGAGCUGGUCCAGAUUUAUGUCAGGAUAUCCAGGCGGACUACAAUUUAACAACAAGAACUUUGUAUGAGGGACUAGCUGAAAGGUAUUUGACACAGACGGCUGCGGAAUUCAACGCUAGGAUCUUGCUCUAUGCCGGAGUUGGAUGGCCGAGGACGGUCGGUGGACUUCCGUCAUGGGUUCCAGACUGGACUUCCAUUUCAAUGGCUCAUACAAGGGCUUUUGCGACAGAAACCUUUGACUUGCAAUGGUCAUUAACGCUUCUGAAGUGUCAGGGAGCGUUUUCCUUCGAAGGCAGCACAUUGAAAAUAGCCGGCUGUCAUGUGAUAGACAGUAUAUCGGCCAAAACACAGGUCAUUGAUCAUGACGACGACUCAAGACGAUGGUUUAACGAGAUUUGCGAUGUGGUGGAAGGACAGUUGAGCUAUAUUCCAAAGAAGGAGAUCGACCUUUUAGGAGGAUGGAGUUGGUGUUAUCGAAGGUGCCCCGGUCGAUGGAGAGGGGCUAUCUUUCGAGUCCUGAUCGGGGACAUCGAAUCUUACUGGGGAGAAGCACCCCAUCAAACGAAUGUCACAACAUUCGUACGGCCAGACACCUUCCCAACAGAUAUCCCGGGAGCUGGUUACGAGAACCCAAAUCAUGCUGAUCCAAGAGGAGGCCGCAUCGCGCUUGAGGCUAGUUAUGAUGAGUGGCUGAAGCUUCCACAUCGUCAGCCAAGGUAUCCGGACACGGUUGAGAAAGAACAUCCGGGAUGUAUUCCGUUUGUUUCUCUCUCCAGACGAAAGACGCAAGGACUGAGGUUCGCCGUCUCUCAAACAGGUAGAAUGUGUCUAGUUCCUCCUGAGACGGCUCUUGGAGACAAACUCAUGCUUUCUGAACAUUUGCGAACCCCUUAUCUGAUCCGGCCUAUGAAAGGGGAAAAGGAAUAUCAGCUUGUAGGACACUGUAUCGCGUUGGGCCUUAUGGGUGAUCGCGACUGGAAUCAUUACAAUGCGACUGGGGGCGUUAACCCAGAAGGUUAUAACUUUGAGGCCUGUAAAAAGGAGGUCAUUACGAUUUAUUAA